GGUGCUGCAACGACAACUCUCCUCUCUCAGCUAAUCCAACCUCUCCUCACCUUUCUCUCGCACCUCCGCGCCAAACCGACAAAACUGUCUUUCCUCAGCUAAAUCCUGUCGCUCUUUUUCGUUGCAUCAUCGCUCGCACCCUUCCUUACAAGUGUCAACAUCUCCUAUCUCCGAGGAAAAUACUUACCAUUUUUUGUUUUCAUUUUUUUUUUUUUUUAAUAUCACAUGCAUCGGAGAUGGUAGAUCUACUAUAUAUGCUCACACCAAGAUGGCCAUGGUGAGCCACCAAACCGAGCAGCCUCCCUUGCAAAAGUGUGAGGAGGCUGGACGCGGAGGCCCAAAGGGUUCGGUUCCAAGAAUUCAUCAUUUUUUUCUUUUUGAUUCUUCUUUUUUGGGGGGGUUAGAAUAAUAUACGUAGGAGGAGGAGGAGGGGGAGAGAUGAUGAAGCAGGAGCGGCAAGCGUACGCGGUGUUGGGAGCUCUGCUGCUGAUCGCGGUGGGAUACAUGAACUGGAACUCGUGGGGGAGCAGCGGGGGUGGCGGGUUCCGGGUCCCGAUCCCGUGGCUGCAGCCGCGGAUGGGGUUCAUCGGGCGGAACGGGACGCAGUUCAUAGACCUGGAAAGCGGCACGCCGGUGUACGUCAACGGCUGGAACUCCUACUGGUUCAUGUCGUCGGGGAACCGGAAGUGGGUGUCGGAGAUGCUCCGGCGCGGGCGGGAGAUGGGGCUCACCGUCUGCCGCACCUGGGCCUUCAGCGACGGCGGCCCCAAGGCCCUCCAGCUCUUCCCGGGACACUACGAUGAGCAGAUGUUUCAGGCUUUGGAUUAUGCGAUAUAUGAAGCAAGGAGGAAUGGUGUAAGAUUAAUUCUUUGUCUUCUAAAUAAUCUCAACGCAUUUGGUGGUAAAGAUCAAUAUGUUAGAUGGGCGCAAGAAGCUGGAUUUAAUGUGAAUACCUCAUCGGAUGCAUUUUUCUCUUUCGAUGUCAUCAGGGGCUACUUCAAGACUUUCAUAGACGUAAUGCUGACAAGAAGGAACACAUAUAGUGGAGUUAGAUAUUGUGAUGAACCUGCUAUAUUUGCUUGGGAGCUCAUGAAUGAGCCUCGAUGUGUAUUUAAAUCAUCUGCUCCUAUUCUUCAGGAUUGGAUUGUCGACAUGUCUUCUCAUAUUAAGAGUAUAGACAAGAAACACCUUGUCACAAUUGGACUUGAAGGAUUUUACGAGUCUGGAAGAACUGAAAGAUUGGGGGUGAAUCCAGGGGAAUGGGCGGCUACAUUUGGCUCUGAUUUUGUAAAGAAUUCAGCAGAUGAGCAUAUUGAUUUUUCUUCAGUACAUGCAUAUCCUGAUAGCUGGAUGCCAAUGGCAAGCCUGGAAGAGAAAAUCAAAUAUCUUUCCAGCUGGGUGGAUUCUCACGUGAAUGACAGUCAGAAUAUAUUGAAAAAACCAGUACUGUUUUUAGAGUUUGGAUCCAAUUUGCAUGUCAAGAGAAAUGGAACAUACGAAAGAGAUGUUCAACUGAAGGUGAUUUAUGAUAAAGUAUAUGAGUCGGCGAAGAAGGGUGAAGCUGGUGCUGGAGUUCUACUUUGGCAGUUGAUGGCUGGAGGAAUGGGAGAAUAUCUUGAUGAUUUCUCACUGGUAGCAUGGGACCACCCAUCGACAUAUAAGUUGAUAGUACAACAAUCUUGUCGAUUACUGAGGUUGUCCCAAAGAAAGAAAAAUAUUGGCAAACCCUGUUCGAAAUUACAGGCAUAAGGAUCCAUCAUCUGUAAGGCGUAUGGAAUACUUUUCAUUAGAUAUGGAGUGAAUUUAAGAAAUUCAUGAGAAUUAUGUGCAACUUCGUUGGAGUUAAAUGUGUUAUAAGUAAUGGAGAUCAUUUUUCCUAUUGAAGAUGAAGGUUGUUAUGUUAGAAUUCAGAGCAGCAGCUUUUGAUUGUCAUCUAAGCUUUUGUCAAUGAAUAUUGACAAAAAGUUUUCUGCAAUGGAGAUCAUAAAUUACUGUUUCUUAUGACAUUGUAUGAACAGCAGCACGGUAGUAAUUUCCGAAAAAAUGUAGUUCUUUGGUAA